AUGUCGGACAGGGUGCGAGAGGAUAUCAAGUCUGCAGAUAGACAGGUCAUGCCGGCGAAGGACGAGCACUCAAUGCACGCCAAACCCGAAAUGACAGCAGCUGAGGCCGUAUCCAGGCUUGUACCACAGCAGCCGGACGACGGGCUCCGGCCCCUGGGGUCCACGCGCGCACGUAGCCUGGGCAGUGCAGCUCCCCGGUUCGAUGUCAAGAUGCUGCCGGAAGUGGUCCGGGUCUUCCACCAGGCCUCUCAGCGGCUGCACUUCACGACGCAGCUGCCGCAGGCCGUGGCCACAUACGUGGCGACUGCGUCACAGCGCGGGAUGCUCGACCUGACGACCUAUGACGUGUCCUUCUGCAAGGUGCUCCUGCUGUAUCUGGGGCACGCACAGGUAGUCAACCGAGAGUGCCUGGAUGAGCUGCGCAAGGCGCUGCAGUCCCGCUGGUCGCAGCUGUCUCCGGGGGAUUUGGUGCAAGCGCUGGUGGCUCUGGCCCGCCUCAACGACGCCGACCGCGUCUUCUCGGUGGGCCGCGCGGGCCUCGGCUCCUCACGUCUGCUGCGAAUGCUAGUCGACGCGGAGCCGUGCGUCACCGCGCUGCUGGAGGCGGUCAGUGGCGGCGCCGCCGCCAAGGCUGCUGGUACGACCACCGCGACCGCCGCCCUGGUAGUGCAGCAGGCCAGUGGCCUCGGUGGUGCCGGCAGUACUACGGGCGGGCUGCCGCAGGGCGGUGCGCUGCAGCUUGCCUUAGUAUACCUGUCAUUUUACAAGAGCGCCACGUCAGGCCACCAGCAUUUCGCCACGGCGAUUAUGUUGCAGCACAACCUGGAGAUGUGCCUCUCUAGGGUAGAGCCAGGGGACCCACACCAGGCGCCCACGGAUGACCUGGGCCGGCUGCUUGUGGGGCUGGCCGGCGUGGCUCUGCUUCGCACCCAUGGCUUGGCAAUGCAUCUUCCAAGGCUUAUCACGGCGAUCAUAAAGCGGGCACCGGAGCUCUCACAGCCUGUUCGGGCUCUUCUGCUGGACUUGCCCUCACAGCAUUGGGCGCUACCUCCAAACUGGCGGAAAACUCUCAUGACAGCAACGCAAGGGGUUGCCGGCAAAAAAGCGGGGGCGCGGAGGACGUAA